CGGACUCCUCCUCACGUCUAAUGGUGGCCGGGCCGGGCUGGGUGGCUGCGGCGCCGCGGACCGUUCCGGAGAGCGUCGCUUCCUCUGCCCGUCGCCGCCCGGGCGGGCCCGGCCGCCGCGCCAUGGCUCCCGGCUGGCUCGGCCGCCUCUUUCUUCUGCUGCUCUGCCUCUGCGGGGAGGCCGCCGCCGGGAGGGACUUCUACAAGAUCCUGGGGGUGUCCCGCAGCGCCUCGAUCAAGGACAUCAAGAAGGCCUACCGGAAACUGGCGCUGCAGCUGCAUCCCGACAGGAACCCCGACGACCCUCGGGCGCAGGAGAAGUUCCAGGACCUAGGGGCUGCUUACGAGGUCCUAUCAGAUGAGGAGAAAAGGAAGCAGUACGAUGCCUAUGGUGAGGAGGGGCUGAAGGAUGGCCACCAGAGCUCCCAUGGAGACAUCUUCUCACACUUCUUUGGGGACUUUGGAUUCAUGUUUGGAGGGAACCCUCGCCAACAGGACAGGAACAUUCCCCGGGGAAGUGACAUCAUUGUGGACCUGGAGGUCACGCUGGAGGAGGUGUACUCGGGAAAUUUUGUGGAAGUUGUCAGGAACAAGCCAGUGGCAAGACAGGCGCCUGGCAAACGGAAAUGCAACUGCCGGCAAGAGAUGAGGACCACCCAGCUGGGUCCUGGACGCUUCCAGAUGACUCAAGAAGUUGUUUGUGAUGAAUGUCCAAAUGUCAAGCUUGUGAACGAGGAGCGAACGCUCGAAGUGGAGAUAGAGCCGGGCGUGAGGGAUGGCAUGGAGUAUCCCUUCAUUGGGGAAGGUGAGCCCCACGUGGAUGGGGAGCCAGGAGAUCUGCGCUUCCGAAUCAAAGUGCUGAAGCACCCAGUGUUUGAAAGGAGAGGAGAUGACUUGUAUACAAACGUGACAAUCUCGCUGGUCGAGGCGCUUACAGGCUUUGAAAUGGACAUUGCCCACUUGGAUGGGCACAAGGUUCACAUUGCUCGAGAUAAAAUUACGAAGCCUGGGGCCAAGCUCUGGAAGAAAGGAGAAGGUCUCCCAAACUUUGACAACAACAACAUCAAAGGCUCCCUGAUCAUCACCUUUGACGUGGAGUUCCCCAGGGAGCAGCUGACAGGCGAGCAGCGGGAAGGUCUGAAGCAGCUGCUGAAGCAAGGCUCUGUGCAGAAGGUGUACAACGGCCUGCAGGGCUAUUGAUGUGUGGCAAAAAUGGGACUUCAAAGACAAAGAAAAGUCAGAGUUGGUUGCAGUCUUUUCUCCUGCCCACUGGAGAGUGGCAGAGGGGGGAGGGGGGUGUUAAUUGGUGAGGUAUAUUGAAUUUUUUUCCUUUGUAAAUGGUGGAAGUGCUCAAAGUUGGGGAAUCUUCAACCCUUCUUGGGCCAUAACUGGUGCUGCCUAUCAUGUUCCACAUCCUGGAACAACAAAGAAGACUCCUUGAGCAGGAAAAGCAAAAAGCUGGGACAAGGAGUUCUAAAUUCCAUGCAGAUUGGAAUUUCUGGUUUUUAAAUAUAUUUUGAUGUGACUUUUCUUGACCAUCUCAACAUAUUUUCAUAGCUUCUCCUGCUUUUGAUGUCUUUUGAGUCAAUCCCUUUUGUGUUUCUUGGGGUUUGGGUGUUUAGGUUUUUUUUUAAUCCCAGCCCUUCCUCCCUUUCUCCUCUGGGUCCAGAGCGUGGUGUUGCUUCAGAGGCUGGUUUUGGGGUGCUGUUGGAAGUGGACUGGUGACACAACCUUUAUGGGUUGUGUUGGGAAAGCAGAGGAAAAGAGUCUCUGACAGCUCUUAGUGGUUAAGAGAGUCCUUAAGUUGUCCUCUUGUCCCAGAAGAUAACACUUGGUUUGAACUUUGAAAUCACAACAAGGUAGCAAAGAGUCCUCAGCCUUUCACUGUGAGGUUUUGGAAAGUGAUGGGAAUGGCUUCUUGUGGCCUUGGUUCUUCCUCAUUGUUCCCAAAUGUAACCAACAGCUUGCCUGGAAAGGUUCCCUUCCCUCCUGCACCUCAUCCUCUGUGAGGAUGGGCAAAGCCAAGAGCACAGAAAUAAAAACGUUUGAGUUGGAA